AUGUCCACGGCCGUCUCAGCACCCGGGAAGGUGCUUUUGGCCGGCGGAUACCUGGUUUUGGACCGUGAAUACACCGGUUUAGUUUUUGGGCUCAGUGCGCGGAUCCACGUCUUGGUCCACAAUAUCGACAGCAGCGCGGGGGAACAGCUUUCCGAGAUCCGCGUAGAGAGUCCGCAGUUUCAAGAUGCAGCAUGGAAUUAUGGAUAUCGCUUGGCUGGGGAGCAGGGCGGUGUUGGUGUUACUCAGUUGGAAGAAGCCACCACACCAAUAUCCCGCAAUCCCUUCGUUGAAACAGCCCUUCUCUACGGUCUAACCUACAUAUCCAAGGUCCUACCACCGUCAACCACCAUCACACCAACCAGAAUCACAAUAUUCGCCGACAACGACUACUACUCUCACUCACCCUCCUCCUCCUCCUCGACGGCCACUCCCACUACCACCACCAACCAAAAGUCCUUUAGCAACUUUGGCGUCCGGCUCCAAGACGCCCACAAAACCGGCCUUGGUUCCUCCGCCGCCCUGGUAACAGCCUUCACUGGUGCCCUCCUCUCACACUACCUCCCCUCCUCCACCUUCAGCCUCAACAGACCAGCCUGCCGUUCAAUCCUUCACAACCUUUCUCAGGCCUCACACUGCGCGGCCCAAGGUAAAAUCGGAUCCGGCUUCGACGUCGCCGCCGCUGUAUACGGGACAUGUGUAUACCGACGCUUCUCACCCAGCAUCCUCUCAAGCCUCGGCGAACCAGGCACCGCCGGCUUUGCCACACGGGUGCAAGAAAUCGUUGAAGACACCUCGUCCUCGGUAAAAUGGGACACAACAAUUUCUAAGGAUGACGUGAGUAUCCCCGCUGGCAUGGCAUUGGUAAUGUGCGAUGUAGACUGCGGAUCGCAGACCGUGAGCAUGGUUAAAAAAGUGCUCGAAUGGCGAUCUAAAUCCCCAGAGGAAUCGAAAGCCCUGUGGGAUGAAUUGCAGUUGUACAACGAAACUCUCGGCACUUCCCUGGCCUCGUCUUCAAACUCCGCCCUCCCUGCUGCGUUCGCCGCAAUCCGUACGAGGAUCCGCAAGAUGGGUACAGAAUCAGGCGUCCCUAUCGAACCGGAAGAGCAGACGCUACUGCUGGAUGCGGUUACCGCCGGCGUGGAUGGUGUUGUUGGAGGUGUUGUUCCCGGUGCGGGCGGGUAUGAUGCGGUUGUCCUUCUAGUAAAGGAUGACGAAGUAACGCUCGGGGCUCUUGACGUAUUUUUGAAGAAAUGGAAGGAGGAGGGUAAGGGGAAUGUUAAGCUGUUGGGCGCCAGAGGGGAGUUGGAGGGUGCGAGGCUGGAGGAUGUGGGAGAGUAUGCCGGGGUGGCACUUUGA